CGAAACUCUCCGUUAAAACUUUAACUGGGAAAUUGACAGUAACGCAGAGACUGCUGUAAAAUAGUGUAAGAUCUUCAUCUCUGAGACUGUGAGGAGCGCGUGCAUGUGUCGGUGAUGUCAGACUGUGAGCCGCUCAGGAAGCGCUGGAGGACUGAAGAUGCAGAAGAACCACAGGAAUCAGCUCCUCCGUGCUCAGAUCAUCCUGAAGCUCCAGCUGAGCAGAGGAACCCACCGAAGAGAUGCAGCCGGACUCUGGAUGACUGGCUGCUGAAGAAGCCCGCAGUGACCCAGAGAAGCUCUCAUCAUCAUCAUCAUCAUACCGAACCUGAGGGGUCCGAGGAGAAUUCACGGAAGCAGGAGUGUCCGGAGAGCACGUUAACCUCGGAGAAGAACUCCGUGACCGAACCCAGACGAACCGGUUCUGCUCCGAACACAGGGACGCGCAGAAUCACAAACUUCUUCACUGAAGCUCCAGGGAAAGUCGCGUGCAGAAGGGCAGCAGCGGCAGCAGGGGCUGAUGGGAAGGCGUUCAGCGAUGAUGUCACUGGGCUGGGUGUUCCUGACAGUGACCUGCGGAGGGCGCCGGUGUGCAGCGGCCCGUUACCUGCUCUGAAACCCUCCGACAGACACACGGUCCUGAUCCAGACUGAUCUGAUGCUGACCGGUGAAGCUCCAGAGCCACAUCUAUCUCCAGAUCAGCUGCAGGACCGCUGGGACGACACACACGUCAAACUACCCUGCUCCACACACAACCUGUUCCCCACGGACCGCACGACCGUCCAGAGCCGAUGGGAUUUGAUCCGUAAAGCACUGAGUGUCUCGUUCAGCUCUGCUCAUGAUGUGAAGGAUGCCAUAAUGAAAUAUAAUACAGGCCAAGCGAAGGGAUGGAGCUUCACAGCACUACAUGUGUACUGUAAGCGUCUGCAGGCGUCUGAAGCUCAGCAGAUGUUUGGAGAGCUGCUUCCAGAGAUGGCACAGCUGGCAUUGAGAGCACCACGCCUCCUCACACAGCCGAUCCCGCUGUUGAGGACGCAGUGCUGUCGAUCUCUCACGCUGUCUCAGGAGCAGGUCUCCUGUCUGCUGGCAAACGCUUUCUUCUGCACCUUUCCUCGACGAAACUCUCACCGGACGGAGUUCAGCAACUAUCCUGACAUCAACUUCAGCAGGUUGUUUGAAGGUUCAUCUCAGAGUAAGCAGGAGAAACUCAAAACGCUCCUGUGGUACUUUAGACGGAUCACGCAGCAGAGGCCGACCGGUCUCAUAACAUACACCAGACAGUGUCUGCAGCGUUUGCCCUCGUGGUCCAGCUCAGAAAAGCAGUUCAGCAAGCUCCGCAUCAGCUGUGAGGGAACCAUAGAAGAGCAGGGCUACGGCAUGCUGCAGGUUGACUUUGCCAACCGGUUCGUUGGUGGGGGGGUGACUGGUUCUGGUCUGGUUCAGGAGGAAAUCCGUUUCCUGAUAAACCCGGAGCUCAUCGCGGCUCGGCUCUUCACUGAAGCACUGGAGGAUAACGAGUGUCUGAUCAUCACAGGAACCGAGCAGUUCAGCAGAUACUCGGGAUACUCCGAUACCUACCGAUGGGAUGGUAACCAUGACGACCAGAUGCCGAGGGACGAGUGGCAGCGCAGAUGCACCGAGAUCGUGGCUAUAGACGCCCUGCAUUACAGAAACUUCCUGGAGCAGUUUCUCCCUGAAAACAUGAGCAGAGAACUCAACAAGGCCUUCUGUGGGUUUGUUCGUCCUGGAGUCCAGACGGAGAAUCUGUCCGCCAUCGCGACGGGGAACUGGGGCUGUGGAGCUUUCGGUGGAGACACGCGUCUGAAAGAACCACUCUCUGUUCUACUGACAUUCAUACCAUGGACUGACUCAUGUACUCCAGCAGAUCUGAUGAAGAGUGUGUGUGUGUGUGUAGCUGUGCUGCAGAUGAUGGCGGCUGCGGAGGCGGAGCGUGAUCUGAUGUACUUCACGUUUGGUGACGCAGAUCUGCUCAGAGACGUCCAUCACAUACACACACUGAUCACAGACACACACGCCACCGUAGGAUCCGUGUUCAGGUUGCUGCUGCAGUAUUAUGAGUGUGUGUGUAAGAAAACUACAAGAGGCAAACCUCAGGAAACCCUUUACUGCUUCCUCUCUGAGCGCCUGUGACCUCUGACCCCAGCAGGGCUGUUUUCUGCACACUGACUUCACUGUAUGUGCCUCAAUAAAGCUGUUUUAUACGUCUGUCA